AUGGCUACGGUCAUCGUGGGCGGAGGAAUCGUGGGUGUCACUGCCGCCCUCUACCUUUUGAAAAAGGGCAAGAAGGUGGCCCUGGUCGAGAAGUGCGCCAUCGCGUGCCACUCCUCCGGGAAAGCUGGCGGCUUUCUAACAGAUGGAGAUUCAGGCUGGCACAGCGGACCCAUCGCACGCCUGGCCAAGCGCUCCUUCGCACUGCACGAGGAAUUGGCGAAGGAGUUCGGAGCCGAAGCGAUUGGCCACAGACGGGUGAAGUGUGUGGGCCAAGGGAUGAGUAAGAGGGGCGUGGAGCCGGACUGGCUCGCCCCCGGAUACCACAGAGACAUGGGCAAUGAGAGUGGCUUGGCACAGGUCACACCAUACAAGUUGAUGGAUACAUUGAAGGACUCGAUCGUCAAGCAAGGCUGUGAGAUCAUCAUUGGAAAGGCCAUCGGUGUGGAGAUGGAAGGUUCCACCGUGAAGGCUCUAAAAGUGAAGCAGGAUGGCAAGGGGGAGUCCUUGCUACCCUGUGCCUCUCUCAUCCUUGGGAUGGGUGCAUGGGCAAGCGAAGCAGCCGAAUGGUUUCCCGAGAGCACUCUGCCACAGCGGACUGUAUCGAACCGAUACACCAGUGUGAUCUGGGAUGACGUCGAGGUUGGGAAAGAUGCCACCAUGGUGUUCACAAUGGGCGACGACCACACUGAGAUCUACCCUCGAACAAACGAGUGCUAUGCCAAUGGCUGCCCCACGGACCCUCCUCUGCCAGAUAAUCCGAUGGAGAUUGAACCUCCUCAAGACGAGAUUGACAAGGUCAAGGUGGAGAGCAUCGCCGCCGUGCCACGGCUGAAGAAUGCAGCGGUCCUCCGCAGCACUGCCUGCUUCUUGGCGGGCUCCGAUGACCAUCGGCCAGUUGUUGGCCGUAUCCCGAAGAUCGAGAACGCUGUCAUCGCAUGUGGCGGAGGCUGUUGGGGCAUUCUGAACGGCCCGGCCAUGGGCGAAGCGGCUGCAGCCCUGGCAGCCGGGGAGGAGCCACCGCUGGAUAUCUCGGCGUUUGAUCCUAUGCGCUUCGACCGGUCGCACCUGCCAGCCUUCAUCAAGGGCCUGCCUCCGAAGCUCACAGCUUUGGUAGCUCAGCACCCGGAACUUGCUGAAGCUUUGAGGCAAGAUCCCGAGAAGAUCACAGCACUCCUGUCGAUGAUGGAGGAUUGA